AUUGUUAUUGAUAAAAAUCUUCUAAAAAUAUAGUCGAAAUAUUAAAACAGUACUAAAAUGCAGUUUUUAUUGGAAUAGUGUUAUAAAUAUUCAUUUAAAUAUUUCGCGCCAUAGUUUAAAUCUGGAUUAUAUGCAUCCCUCAAUCGGUCGCGAAUCCCUUGCUACGCCAUUCCCCCUAUAAUUCAAUAUUAGGGUGAAUAGUAAAAGGGUGAAGGGAAAGAGUAGUGAAUUAUUUCAAGUGAAUUGAAUGACGUUCUCCAAAAUAAACCGCAACAAUAUAGGAUCAUAAAUGUAUAUAUGAUGUCACAUUAUGAACUUUCCAUCAUUUGGAGGCCAUUUUGCUACAGCUCUACCGACUAUUCAUCAAUUUGCAGCAAAAUUAACUCAAGGAAAUGUUUCAACAUCUUUGUGUCCUCCAUCAGAAACUAAUCAAAGAUACACCGCCAAUGGAAUACCAACCUUCACCCAACACCAUCAUGCCAAUCCACAACAGUUACUAGGCACUGUGAAUGCCAGUAAAUUUCAAAAUAAUUAUCUCAACCAGACAAUAUAUUCACAAUCAUCAUCUAUCAAUGGACAGGAAAAAAGACAGAUUUUCGAGCCACAAGAGCUGGCACAAGAAUUGUGUGCCGUUAUGUUACAACAAAGUCAGCACCAAGAAAAACAAAAAGAUAAGAUUAAACAAUUAGAGACAAGAUCUCAACCAACUCAAAAUCAACAAAGAAUUGCUACACAACAAUCUCAAAUCAUCCAAGAUGAUAACCAAAAUCAGAAUAAUUCUUCAACCCUCUCUUCGGCAUGGCAAUCAUUAUCAUCUCCCACUACUACUACAGUUGCCAACUAUUUAUCACAUCUUCCAACUUCUACUUUACCUUUGAGUAUUCAUCAUUUUCUAAAAUACUCUACAGAAAAUUUUAAAAAAGAUAACAAUCAACAGUUGAAUAUUCAAAAUAAUGGUGAAGCUAAUAUAUUACAAAAUAACAAUGUGAAUCUCAAUUUGAAUACACCAAAUUUUACAUCAUCGAAUAAUAGUUUAAAUACAGGACAAAUUCAAAAUACUGUACAAUCUAAAAAGAAGAAGAAAAAACCCGAAAAAGAACGUAAACCUAGACCAAAACCAGGUGAAAUACGUCUCACGACUGCCCUGGACGGUUCAACAUUAUACUGUUGUCCAGAGUGUCACAUGGCGUAUCCAGAAAAGGAGCUUCUAGAACAACAUUUAGUAGGUCACACAUUAGAACGCCGAUUCGUUUGUGACAUUUGUGGCGCAGGUUUAAAAAGAAAAGAUCAUUUAACUAGACACAAACAAUCGCACAAUCCUGAGAGACCAUACGUUUGUACAGUUUGUCUGAAAGCAUUCAAAAGAAAGGAACAGUUAACGUUACAUUUCGUUAUACAUUCUGGAGAAAAGAGACACAUGUGUCCAGAAUGUGGUAAGGGAUUUUACAGAAAGGAUCAUUUAAGGAAACAUACCAGAUCGCAUAUUGCUAGAAGGGUGAAAGCGGAACUCUCACAACAAAGUACAUCUCAGGCACUACAUCUCCAAGUGCCUGCUCCAACUACUUCCAAUAAUUUAACGAUUUCCCCUUGUAUUCUUCCGUAAAAAAGCAUUAUUACAAAAACGUACGAAAAUUCUAGUACUAAAUGUGAUGAAGAAAAGAUAUAAUUACAAAUAAUUGGCGUGGUAAUAUUUGGCUGUGAUAAUUUUAUUUAUUAUAAAAAUAGUAUAAUGUAGAUUUGAUCUACUUUAUAUUACAAAUUGUUAGAAUGUAGUUUAUUACAGGAAUCGAAAUCAAAACGAAAAUUCAAAAUUUGUUCUAUUUUUUGUUUAUGUACAUAUAUUGAGUGUAAAUACAAAGAAUAAUGUCGGAAACUCCAUUAAUGUACUUCAAGAAAUUGCCUUUUUGAUGAAAGACGUUAUUGGUCAUUUCAAACCAGGUUUAGUUUUACCAGCAAUACUUUCAACAUAUCUAAAGUCUAAAUUCAAAAACUUUGAAUGACUACCAACAUCUGAUGUCGAUGAAACUUAUGCAUGUGAGGGUUGGAGGUAAUGCUAGAGAAAUUCGGAAACGCCUCCUGGAAUCAAUUCCAUUAUUUUGGGCUGAUUUAGUAACCAGGAAAAGGGAAUUCUGAGCUCCGAGAUCGAGUGUUUCUAGAAUGAAAGUGUAGACGAGGGAAUCCAAGAAAUUGAGUGAUUGAAAAUCGCAUUUACUUAACUUCAAUAGAGGAAUCUGACACGCAUACUGUUUUCGACAAUCAUAGCUCUCACAAAGAAACAAUAAAUCGGUUGACAAUUGUUUAUUCAGUUCUGGUUUUUCUCGGAAAAUGUUUCUAGAUGAGGGAGUUUGGAUUCUAAUUGAUUGAAACGAGUUUUGGAGAGCUAAUCUUCAAACCUCCCAAUUUCAGUUAAACAGUUUUUGUUGAAUAAGCGACCUCCGGAGUUACAAAGUUGAGCAUCCCCAAGAGAAUCAGUUGGAUAAAAAAAUAUCGAAUAAUUGAUUCGAAUUUAAUUAGUGGUUACCGAAAAUAUCAAUUAAUAAGCAGACUGCACUAACCAAAAAAAUGGGGAUUUAUUUAUUUCUGUUUAAAUAGUUUGUAUUUAUCUUCUCCAUCGCCCGGACGUGAACUAAGAAUAUUUUAUUGAAUGCAAAUUUGAAAUACUCUAUAAAUUAUAAACUAAAUCAUUUAGUAUAUUAUUUAUAGAGUAUUUCUAAUUAACCAUCCUGGAGUUACUUCUCCCCUUCUUUUUUUUUUAAAUUUCACAGAAUUAAUUCCCAAGUAAAACAAAAAUUUUGUAUAAAAAUAUUUUUUAGUAUCUUUUUGAUAACAUAUAUCGAAUUGUGUCUUUGUUUUUAUACACAUUAAAUGUGCAUCUGUGCAUUGGUUUAAAGAUAACUUUAAUUAUAUUAAUAUUUAUACAUACACAGUAAGAACUUUGUUUUAUCACCUUGUAUAUUGUUUCAAAUCAUUAAAAAUGCUGGAUGUUUUCGCCCUUUUUCUUCAAUACAAACAAUGCAUUUUUUCAUAUAUUCCAUUAUGUUUCUGGAACAACUAAAGAUCUGACAAUAAUGUUAUUGAAAACAGGAUAAUAAUUCAGUCUGUUCAAAAUGAUAUAAGAGUUAUUUCUUGUUCAAUGCUCCCACUAUACAGGGAUAUAGGGCAGAUGUGUUUAGGGGAGUCCAAAAUAUGACAAUUGGGGCCAAUUUACCUCUAUAGCAAGUUGCAUCCCUGAGGAGUUUAUAAGGUCUCAAGGUAGAGCUUAACAUUUUGAGUAAAAUCAAUUUUUUGCAACUCUUCAAACGAACUAUUCUAGAGGGGCCCUGUGCGAGGUGGUAUUAGAGGGGCAAAAUUUUGCAAAUUUAAGUGCUAAAUUAUAAUUAUGCAUUUUAAGCCUCUCUAGAAUACUUUUUGUCAGUGUUAUACCUCUAUAUUCCUACAUUGGAGCUGUAGCUAACUUAACCUUAAAAUAUCACAAAAGUUUUUUCAUCUAUCGAUUGAUUCAGAAAAUUAUAUUUUCAUAGCAUGGAUAAUUUAUUUUUUUCAAAAAAUUUGUCAUUCUCAAAGAAAAUUCGAAUAAGCAAAAACAUGUUUUCAACAAUGUUAUUUAAAAAAAGUCAAGAGUUCACUAUGAAUUUGUUCAUCAAAUCUGACAAUUCGAAAAUAAACAUGUCUUCGAUUUUUUUGACUCUUUCUUCAAAAUUAUAUAGUUUUAUGAAAAAAAAAUUAACAGAUACAAAACUUUUGUGAAAUUUUAAGGUUAGGUCACCCCUAAUUAAUCCCACAUAAUGGUUCUACAUACAAUAUACCAAAUUUGGUAUUUUUGAGUUAAAGGGUUGCAAAGAAAAUUAGUUUUUUCGACAUUUUAGGCUUUAUAACUUGAUAUAGAGGGGAGAUUGCCCCCGAUCGUCAAAAUUUGGCUUUUCCUAUAUGUAUCGGUUCUUAUGCGGAAUACCCUGUAUAUUACAAUUUAUAACAUUGAUUUUAAUUGAAUUUAACUUUAAACCAAUCUUAUUAGAUGUUAUAUAUAUAUGCCAUAUGAGUACUAGAAUUAUAAAAAAUAGAGUUUAAGAAUGUAGAAUUUUAAGACACCCUAGUCAUUUUUGAGGCUACCUCAUAUUACUCAAUAAUGUGAUAAAAAAAACUAACUCUGUGUGCGUUUUUAUUUUAAAACAUGUAUGGUAUGGUACAAAAAAAUUUGCUUUAUAUAACAGUACAAAACGGUUAUGUUAAUUGUGAGUCUAUUUAUUUUUAUUGUUGUCUUAUUUGUUAUCUGACUGUAUGUAGAGAAAACUGACACAUUAAUAUACAGGGUGGGCAGGGAAAUUCAUUUCUUGAAAAGAACAUCAUCCAGGUGUGCACCAUCGCGCCACAAACGUUCCUCGAAUCUAGAUCACAAAUGUUAGUCUUCAAUUGAUUAAGCGUGGCUGGAUUAUUGAAUUAGACUCUACUUUUCAGGUAUCCCCACAUAUAAAAAUCCAGUGGUGUUAGGUCCGGCCAUGCAAUGUCACCUCGGCGAGAUAUCAUCUGGUUUACGAUCGCCAAAGAGGCAUUAGAAAUAUGACAUGUCGCACCAUCUUGUUGAAAUCAUGUCGUACGAUUAUAGGCUUCAAAUUGUUGCAACAUGGCUAUGUAUCGUUCAGGAUGUACAGUGACAGAUUGGCCCUGUUGAUUUUGAAAGAAAUAGGGUUCGAUAAUUCCGUGUUGCUGAUAUGGACGCCCAAACGGUUACUUUCAGCGAAUGCAAAGGCUUUUGAGGUUUUGCACGUGGGUUCUCUGCGGCCCAGUAACGGCAAUUCUAUCUAUUGACAUGUCCAUUUAAGUGAAAAUGGGUUUCGUCAGAGAACAGAAUAUUCUAACAAAAGCUCGUUUUAAAAUUAAAUCAUUUGGCUGUAAUUCCCUAAGUUGAAUUUUAUACUGGUGUAAUUUCAUGUUCUUGCGACAAAAUGCGACGCAAAGAUCUUUUGGAUACCACAAGUUGGUCGAUAGACCAAGAUUACUGAAGCUCUAACUGUGUCUUCUGUUCUUAUUGAUCUUGGGCGUCCCGUAGGCUUCUGAUUCAGAGUCGAACCAGUAGCUUCGAACUUUCUGACCCAGGUUCGAAUUACACUUUCCUUCAGACACUGAUUUAUGUUAUGUAAUCCAAACUCACGUCGAAACAAACGCCAAACAAUAGAUUGCAGAAUGCACGUUGUACUCCGGUGAAGUGAUCCCUACCAAACGCGCAGCUCCCUCUCAUAACGUUCAAACGCAAGAGAGUUUGUUAAAUCGUAAGCCUUUCUGACCCACCCUGUAUCAAUAAUUUCUAUUUGAUUCCUAUUUAACUUGUAGCGUGAUGUGUAUUUUUGUAAUUACUGACUUAUGAUACUCAAAGUAUGCCAAAUUGAAAAAAAUAAUCAUAUUUCAAUAUGAUUUUCAAUUUUCUUACAAAUUAGUAUAAAACAACUAUAUUAAGCUUUUUAUAAUUAUUUUUCAACAUUAUUUAUAGAUAAUAAAAGCUUAGCCAUUAGGUUAUUAUUCUUCCAUUUCCAAGCCAAAAUUGCAUAAAUUUCGACUCUUGUUAUACCCAUCCAUUCAACUGAAUCCUCUAUAAUUAUUUUAUAACCCUAAUUUUCGUUCAUUUUGAUACUUUAGGACACUUCUAGAACUCGAAAUCU